CUCUUCUUCGAUUGCAGAGCUAAGCUAUGGCCUCCUUCGACGAAGAAACCGCCAAGAAGUUGCUUACCCAGGUGGAGUUCUACUUCAGUGACAGUAAUCUACCCACUGAUGGAUUUCUCAACAGGGAAGUCACCAAGAGCAAAGAUGGUCUCGUUAGUUUGCCUCUGGUUUGUUCCUUCUCUCGUAUGAGGAACCUCCUUGGCCUCGGUAACAUCAAUAGAGAAGACAUCCCUCCGAGUAUCGUGGACCAAGUCGCUAAUCUCUUGCGCACCUCUGAUUUUCUUAAAGUUUCCAACAAUGGACAAAGGAUCGGUAGAGGAACAAAACUCUCCAAACCGGAAAAGGUGCUUGAACAAGUCCACAGAAGAACCCUUGCGGCUUCACCUUUUGAGUACAGCACCAAGAUGGAGGAUGUCGCAUCUUUCUUCUCCCAAUAUGCCAAGGUGAACAGUGUGAGGCUACCUCACCACAUCGCAGAUAAGCGACGCUUUUGUGGCACUGCCUUGGUUGAGUUCUCCUCUGAACAAGACACUGAACAUGUUUUGAGCCAGAGCUUGGUCUAUGCAGGCGCUGACUUAGUAUUAAUACCAAAGAGUGAUUUUGACUGUCAAAGAGAGAAUAUGAUCAAGCAACUCGGAAAAGCAGGGUCAAUUCAUAGAGACAACGAAUUCCGCAGAGGACAGCUUGUCAAAUUUACAUUGAAAUGGAUUGCCAGUGGGGAAAAGGUAACAAACAAAGAAAAAACCAGGGCUCUGAAAAAGAAAAUCAAAGACAAGGAAGAUAAGGAGGCAGGCAUUGCUGAGAGAUUGGAAGGAAAUGAUAGAGACAAGGAAAGUGGAGAUUCACAGGCAGAUAACUCAUGUGCUAGCUUGUGCAAGGAGAAAAUCGACAACGCUGAUCAACUUGUGGUUCCCCCUUGGAACAACAGUGAUUCUGUGGGCUCUGAGGUUCUCAAGGAUCUUUUUCAAAGAUUUGGCAGCGUUAAACACAUAGAAUACUCUGGUGGAUUGGAUUCGGGUUACGUUUGGUUCAUAGAUUCGGAAACAGCAAUGAAAGCCCGUGCAGCAGUGGAGUUUGUUGGAGGUUUAGUUGUGAAGAAUAACUUCUCAGUAGCCUUAGAAGCAAUUAAUGGGGAGAUGGAGAGAGAGUUGUGGAAAAGACUAUCAUCAGCUGAGCUAGAAGGAGGAGGGAAAGGUGGUCACAAAAAGGAAAAAGGCACAGAUGAGUGUUUUGAAACCAUGCAACCGACCAAGAAGGCUCGAAAGGAGCCCUAACUAAAGUUAUGGGUUUUGUGUUAUGUCAUACUCUUCUAUACUUUUUAUAGGUUCAGCUGAUUCUCAACAAAAUAGAUAUUGCUUCACUUC